CGGUUGAGUGAAGCCCGGUUUCUGAAGCAGCGCCUAAACCCCCUCUUUGUUACACGACCACCUUCUCCCUCUCCGCCUCAUCACCGUCUUCCUUUCUCUCGGCAGCCGUUCUUCUUCGGAGAUAAAGACAACCGAUUAUGGGAAAAUGGAGUACAAUGUGGUUAUUCACAAAGAAAUCUGUAACUGGUGCUUUGAUUGGUCUAACAAUUUCGGAUCGAUAUGGCUUCAUUGUUCCUGUGACAGGCAGUUCUAUGCAUCCAACAUUUUCCGCCUGUGAUGCUAGGUUUCCUGGAUAUCUGAAAGAUUUUUUUGUCUACUUGUGCUCACUACACCCAGCUGAUGUUGUACUGGUCGAAAAAUUCUGCCUGGAAAAGUAUAAAUUCUCACAUGGCGAUGUAAUCACUUUCAAGUCUCCAACUGACCACAAGCAGAAUUUUGUUAAAAGAUUGAUUGCAUUGCCUGGUGAUUGGGUACAAGUUCCAGAGUCUUCUGAAAUAUUGAAAAUUCCUGAAGGGCAUUGCUGGGUUGAAGGUGAUAAUGCAGCCUGUAGUUUGGAUUCACGAUCGUUUGGCUUUGUUCCUCUGGGUUUGAUUCAAGGGAGGGUGACUCAUGUGAUCUGGCCACCCCAACGAAUAAGCCAAGUGGAAAGAAAGAAGGCUAUCGAGAGGAUUUCACCACAUUAAUUUAUUUUGUUACAGAUUACCUACCAUUUCAAGUCAGAUUCAUACAAUUGUUGAACCUACAGUCUGCCCUUUGCAUCUAGGCCAUAACUGGAUCCAUCCUUAGAUGGACCUUGUAUUCUUCAUCUAUUCGAGUUUCUGUGCCAUUUGUUUUCCAUGGCAAUCAUAAAUUCUCAUUAUUUA